GUAGUCGCUACAUGACCGUGUAGUGGGAGCGCGGCGCACCUCUGCAGCAGCUGUAGCACCGUAGACUGGUAUAUUACAGUAGUAGUAGAAUAUUGUGUUUAUUUUAAGAAGUCAACGUCGUUUCCUAUAAAUGGUUAUUUCGCUGGUCCAUUGAGAGUGCGACCGUGUGUGUGUGCGUGUACGCGUUUUGCACCUUUUUUAAUUUUUUUCACUAUCAUCAUCGUCACGACCGCUGCUAUCACAGUUAUCAACAGCUACUCGGGGACCUCCUUUUGGAAAAAUAACACACAACAAGUCUGAAAAUGCCCGUGUUCCACACGAAAACCAUCGAAAGCAUUUUGGAACCUGUAGCACAGCAGGUUUCCAGACUAGUCAUUCUACACGAAGAUGCCGAAGAUGGUAGUGCAAUGCCAGACUUGGAAAAGCCGGUUCAAGCCGUCAGCCGCGCCGUCAUGAAUUUAAUCAAAGUCGGCAAAGAGACUAUUAACUGUAGUGAUGAUCCCAUACUUAAGCAAGAUCUACCCUCGGCACUUUAUCGAGUCGAAGGCGCCUCACGGCUUCUCGAAGAAGCGUCGGCCAUGUUAAAACAAGACCCGUAUAGCGGACCGGCUAGAAGAAAAUUAAUCGAGGGUUCUCGAGGAAUCUUACAAGGAACGUCUUCAUUGUUAUUAUGUUUCGACGAAUCUGAAGUUAGGAAAAUCAUAAGAGAGUGUAAAAAAGUGCUAGACUAUUUGGCCGUCGCCGAAGUUAUCGAGAGCAUGGAAGAUUUAGUUCAAUUUCUCAAAGACUUAAGCCCAAGCCUAAGCAAAGUUUCCAGAGAAGUGGGUGCUCGUGAAAAAGAACUAACCCAUCAAGUACAUCGAGACAUUCUAAUAAGAUGUCUGGAUCAAGUAAAGACAUUGGCGCCCAUACUUAUUUGCAGCAUGAAGAUCUACAUUCAUAUAUUGUCGGAAGGAGGUAAAGGUGCUGCCGAAGCCGCUGAAAAUAGAGACUAUCUGACCAGUAGAAUGACAGGAGAGAUACUAGAGAUCAUUAGAGUAUUACAACUGACGACGUACGAUGAAGACCAAUGGGAAGCCGACAACAUUACAGUAAUGAGGAAGGCGUUGAACAUAAUCGAGGGCAAAGUAAACAGCGCUCAUGACUGGCUACAAGAACCGUUGUCGAUGCCUGGCGGAUUGGGUGAAAAAGCAAUUCGCCAGUUACUCGAGCAAGCUCAUUUAAUAUCGGAACGUUGUCCACCGAAAAUACGAGAACCAAUACAGAAGUUGUGCUCUGAAAUUAAUACAAUGACUAAUGCGCUUUGUGAACUACGACAAGACGGUAAAGGCGCUACGGCCCAGGCCGAAAGUUUGUCACGUAGCAUUGACGAUAGGAUUGGAGAAUUAGUCAAGCUUGUGACAAAGGCCGUUAACGAUACGGAGAAAAGUGGAGCUGCGGCCAAAGGACAGCAGGUCGCUCACACUCUCGGCGGACAAUUGGAUCAAGCCAGACAAUGGUUAUUGCACCCGGAAAGAAACGAUAAUGGUUUGGGUCAAAAAGCAAUAGCAUUGAUUGUCGAAGAAGCUCACAGGGUAGCUGAUGGACUUCCUGGUGUUCAAAGAGCUGAAAUAUUGAAUCUUUGCGAUGAAGUGGAAACUUUAGCUCGACAGUUGAGUGAUUUGUGUAGACGCGGAGAAGGCAAUUCACCUCAAGCCCAACAAAUAGCCAGAAAAUUAUCUCAAAAGUUAGACGAGUUGAAAAAAAAGAUUCAAGAUGCUGUCGUUGGCCGUGUUGUUGAAGAUUUUGUUGAUAUCAAUACACCGUUAAGACAGUUUACAGAUGCUGUUCACGUGCCAAAGGGCACUCCGGGUAGAGAAGCCAAUUUUGCCGAUAGAGCUAACAAAUUGUCCGAUUGGUCCAAACGAGCCGGUCGAACAGGAAGGCUUGUUGCUGCUACUGGAAGCGGAGGAAAAAAAUUGUCCGAAGCACUCAAUCAAGCUGCUACACAACUCGAAUCUCUUGGACCACAAUUGAUCAACGCUGGACAGAUAAGAUCACAGUACUCGGACAAUAAAUUGGCCGGCGAACAUUUUGACAACUUGGGUUCCCAGUAUGCGGACACUGCCACUCAUAUGCGUAACCUUUGCGAUGAAGCUACCGAUACAGCAACUUUCAUCCGAUUGUCGGAGGAUCAAAUGCGUAAACACGCCAAAUUAUGCGAGGACGCAAUAAUAAGACACGAUCCCAACAAGAUGGUUGAGCACACAACGGCUAUCGCUCGCUUGGGAAACAGAGUGUAUCAGGUAGCCAAGCAAGAAGCUGACAACUCCGAAGACCCUGUGUUCCACGCUACGUUGAAUAGAGCCGCGGAUAUUCUUCAAGCCGCCGUCGCCAGAAUGGUUCAGGACGCCAAACCCGUCGCAUUGAACACAAACGACGCACAAGCCGUGAAACGUUGGCGCGAUUCAAACAAUGCGUUACUUGACGCUGUUCGCGGCGUACGCGGCGCCAUAACUGUUGUACCAGACCUGUAUGAUCUUUCUAUCGAGCCGGAAAUAGCUCCUCCGCGUCCACCUCUGCCAGGCGAACAAGCGGCGCCACCGAGGCCACCGUUACCAGCCGAAACGGACGACGAAGACGAAAUGUUCAAGCACGCGCCGCUGCCUAAUCAACCAAUCAUGGCGGCUGCGCAUGGACUUCAUCAGGAAGUGCGACAAUGGUCUAGUAAAGACAAUAAAAUUAUAGCUGCCGCAAAAAAAAUGGCCGUGUUGAUGGGCCGUCUGUCUCAACUGGUUCGCGGACAAACUGGUACCAAACGAGACCUGAUUGCGUGCGCCAAAGCCAUCGCUGAAGCUUCUGAGGAAGUGACACGGUUGGCCAAAGAAUUAGCGAGAGAGUGUACCGAUAAAAGAAUGAGAACGAAUUUACUACAAGUAUGCGAACGCAUACCUACUAUUGGCACGCAGUUGAAGAUAUUGUCAACAGUGAAAGCAACCAUGUUGGGCGCUCACGGCUCGGAAGAAGACCAAGAGGCUACAGACAUGUUGGUUGGCAAUGCACAGAAUCUAAUGCAAUCUGUCAAGGAAACCGUACGGGCUGCUGAAGCGGCUUCGAUUAAAAUAAGAACGGACACUGGCAUUCGGUUGUGUUGGGUCAGACGCCAACCGUGGUAUCAUUAUUAAGAUUUGGAAGAAUCGCAACUAUUCAUCGUAGGAGUUCAAUAUUUAUUCUAAGCUUAAUUAUGCAUAAGUUACGUAAUAAUAAUGAUGAUAACUAUAAAUCAUACUUUGGGCACUAAUCUAAAAAAAAUUAGCUGUAGACUACAAUAUGGUCAUCUGUUGGUAAGGUAUUUUUGCAAAAUUAUGAACUUAAAGCAAAAACUUAGGUAUGUUUUUUUCUUCUUAAUGAUGUGACCACUGAAUCAUUCCAUCAAGUUAAUAUUAAUACAAGUGCCUUUUAUUUUAUAUUGUUUGGCUGGCGGUGCUUAAAUUGCAAUUUAUUACUCACACAUUAUCAAACAACGAUUUAUCGCUUUAAAGUCGUGCUUUAAUAGAGUUACCUGUUAAAUUUUUUUACUAUGUUAAUUAUUCAGUCAACAAGUCGGCAUCGAAUUUGACUAAAUUAUUACAACGAAUUCGCUAUAAACUCGCAUCGAUAUUUUUUAAAUAUUAUUUUAAAGAGUAGUUAAUAUUUAUUAUUAUUAAUUUCAAGCACGAUAAUCAAGUGCGAUUGUGGUUUUGGAUUAAAUUCUCAGAGCCGAGAAUGAAUAGGUUCUCAAAGUGUUCAAAUAAUUUUUAGUAGUUGUCUAGCUAUUUAUACUAAUCGAUACAAGGUAUGUAGCUCUAUUUAUAGUGAUUUAUUUCAAAGUACAAAACGCUAUUGAAAUUGAAAAAUUCGAGCUUAAAUGUUUAUUUUUUUAGGCAUUAAAAUGUGUUAUUAUUUUCUUAUUAAAUCCUGUCGUUGUACACAAAUUUCAGGGUACCCGAUAACCUUCUAUUACUUUUUUUUAUCAAAGGUUAUUAAAAAAAAAAAAAAAUUACAAUUUUUCGUUAUAAGUAUGUGCAUAUACUUUGAGAAGCGACAACACAACAGCGCUUAUAUUUUAUUAAUAAUUACCGAGCCAUUAAAGUUUUAUUUUUAUAAGUAUUCACAAUAUUGUUAAUAUGCCAUAUGGUGUUCUUGUUAAUUGAGAUAAGUAUUAUUUUUAUAGUCUUGUUACGUUUUCGUGCUUACUAAUUUUCAAGCAAAUAUAUUAUAUUUUUAAAAUUACAACGUAAAUAUGAUAUUAUAUAAAGACACGGAGUCUAUAAGAUACACAAAGUACGUCUUGAGUAUUUUUAAUACUUCAUUGUAAGAGAUAAGCUCCAUAUUAUUAGUGAUAAGAUAUUUUGUUAUAUUAGUCUUCCGCUAAAGCGCAGCCAUCACAUUAGUUACGUAUUAUUAUACUUAAUAUUUAAUUACUUAAAACUGUUGGUAGUCAUUAAUCAAAUUAUUGCUUAUCGUACUAGAGUAAGGUGGCAAAUAUUUUUUUUUAAUUUUAUUAGUAUCGUUACGCAGUGCAAAUGUUGUUAAUAAUAUAUUUGAUUAACUGUUCAUUUGUUAUAAUUGCAAAAAUGCAUUGCGUGAACAAAACAUUAUGCGGUUUUAUAAUGUUAACAUUUUAAAAUAGAAAUUUACUAUUUUUGUUAUUUAUAACCGAUUUUAUUACGAGUUAUUGUUACUUUACGUUCGGUGCAGUAUAACUACUCAUUUUAUUGGCUA